AUGGCGCCCCGAACCCGUGAAGAGUUACUUGCAUACGGCGUCCCUGAUCCGGACUUUGAAGCUGAGCUUGCGGCUCGUCCGGUACGCGGACCACAGCCGAGUGAUCCGUACUAUGGUCGAGCCGAUUUCUUCGCAUUGCGAGAACACAGAGCCACGCAUCUGCGCGAGAAGCAUCACUUGCGUUACCUUCCUGGCCCUAUUCCCGAACGGGUCCGUGAGGAGGAUCGCAAGAUCAAGGUCAGGGAUGGCCAUGAGAUUACGAUUCGCAUCUACACGCCGGUGAAGGCUCCCGAGGAAGGAAGCCCUCUCAUUGUCAUGUACCAUGAGGGAGGCUGGUCGCAGGGUGACCUGACGGAUGAGGAGGUCAACUGCCGUCUGUUCAGUCGUGACCUUGGGGCUGUUUGUGUCAACGUUGAAUACAGACUUGCACCUGAAUUCAUGUUUCCCACGGGUAUCAACGAUUCCUGGGAUGCGCUCCAGUGGUGCGCGAAGAACGCAUCAGAACUCGGCGCAGACCCUUCUCGUGGGUUCAUCAUCGGUGGAGGCUCCGCUGGCGGCAAUAUCGCAGCUGUCCUCGCCCACCUUGCUCGAGAGAACAAACUUUCGCCCCCGGUCACCGGCCAGUACCUUUGCGUUCCAGCAAUUAUGUGCUUCCUACCCCCCGAGGACGUUCCGGAGAAGUAUCGCGCCGAGUAUCUCAGUCACCCUGGUGUGACACCAAGCAAAGACCCAAUCAUUGGCGAUGCUAAAGACGCGGCUGCCGGUCUCCAACUUGUUCUCAAGCCAGACAUGGAGAGUCCCCUCUUCGUGCCUUUUCACAAUGGAAAGAUUGGUGAAGGCCACAAGGGCUUGCCGCCUGCGUAUUUCCAGAUUGCCGGCCUGGACCCCUUGAGAGACGAAGGCCUCAUUUAUGAGCGGGUACUGAGGGAAGAGGCUGGUGUGAAGACCAAGCUGGACAUCUACACUGGUGUUCCGCACUAUUUCUGGACGAAUUUUCCGCACCUUGAGAAGAGCAAGCAGUUUGUCGAGGACACAGUCAAGGGCGUGAAGUGGCUGUUGGAACAGAAAUAA